AUGGGGGCAACUUCGAGAAUUCUAGUGAGGAUGAAAUUUCUAAAUGAAUACAAGGUGACGGAAGCAAUGAGGCAAGACGAGCAGCGCUUCUCGUACAUGGCCGAUUUCGAGAAGCUUUUUUUUGAAAGCUUUCCGAAGUCGAAGGAACGGUGUCAGAACCUACAAUUGCCCUCCUCCCAGCUGGAGUUGCAGUACGAGGAUGAGGACGGUGAGAGACUUUCCAUCAACAACGACGGAGACUUGAAAGAUGCUAUCGACUGGGACAGAGGCACAAGUUUCAAGUUCCGCAUAACAUACAAGAAUCCAGAAGUUGAUGGACCGCUGCCAACACUUCCUGGUGGUAUCAGCAGUCCAUCAACUUCUUCCCGCCAAGAGACGCCAGUGAACGUCAGAAAUAAAGGAGCGGAAUAUCUCGCCAUUCCAGUCCUUCCAAGUCAAGAGGAGCUAUUGCAGUCUGGCCUGCCCAGCCAUUUACCGGUGAACCAGGUGGGCAUGAAGUAUUCGAAUGUGAGUGACUACCUGGGAACUCACUUCCGUCUUCUUAGAGAAGAUUACAUCCAUUCCCUGAGACAGGGAAUCCAGUCCUUCAGAAAGCAGCUGAUGUCAAGAGAGGUCUGGGUAUACCAUGAAGCAAGAUUCGUGACAUAUGAUUGCGGUUGGGACGGCGUGGAUUGUGUCAUGUCGUUCCCGUUCAGGAGAAAAGCAGUUGGGUCAGAGUCAGACGAGUUAAAGUAUGGUGCUCUUCUGUGCAUCUCUGCAGACGGAUUUCAAAAGUCCUACCACUUCGGAGUUGUCAGAAAAUGCUCUCGCAAGAUCAAGGGAGCGAGCAAGGUUUGGGUCCGAGCUCUGGGCACGUGGAGCGAACGUUUUGAUUUCGAUUCGAAAAAAACCUAUGUCAUGGUAGAAUCGACAACAGCUUUCUUCGAAGCGUAUCAUCAUGUCCUGAAGGCGUUGCAGAGAGAAGAAAUGAAAACUGUUCCAUUUUUGAAGUACCUCGUUCACUUGGAGCGACAUAUUGAUCCUCCUUCAUACCUGCUAGGAAGUCCGGACAUGGACAGGUUUGACUUCCAAUCAGUCUUCCCUGAAUUGACGACCCAUUUCGGCACGAGUAUAAUCCACACUCUGCAAAAAUGGCCGCAGUUGUGUACCAGGCUGGAUGCGGCGCAGUGGCAGGCUCUGGAGCAUGGCUUGACGAAGGAGUUGUCAAUUAUCCAGGGCCCUCCAGGCACUGGUAAGACUUUCAUUGGACUUCUGAUCGUGAGGCUCAUGCUGGCCAAUCUGCCGCUGAGGGGUUCCGCAGGGACUGAGAACGGGGCUAGGAGGGAGGGGCCGAUUCUUGUGAUCUGCAAGACGAAUCACGCUCUGGAUCAGUUUCUUGAGGGCAUCAAAAAGUUCGAGAAUGAAUUGAUACGAAUUGGUGGAAGGUCAAAGUCCGAAGUAUUGAAAUUCCAGAAUCUGAAAUAUUUACUUAGAAAGCGACAGGUGCGCCGUAACAUCGAUCCAAUUCUUCGCCGUACUCGUUCAGCUUUUAAUAUGGAGAAAGCUGUAAUAAAGUAUAAAAUCAAUGACACCAAACGUGCUCUGAACCAUCUUAGGAAUUCGAAAUAUGUGGGGAAAGAGCAACUCCAAGGAAUCGCUCUUGAGCAACAAGUGAAGUCUCUUUUUCCACGUGGCUAUGAUCAUAAGAAAUCUGUUCAAGAUUGGCUAGAAGGAGCUUUCUGUCCUCUGAACCGUUCGGAACGUCGUAAUGUACCUGUAGACGAUACUCGUCGAGAACAUCGUGACAGAUUCAGAUCACAGAUUUCUCCAGAGAAGGGGGAAGAGUUGGUUUUAGAAGCUGAAGACAAGGAUCGGACUCCAUAUCCACGUCAAGUGAAGAGCACGCGGUCUAGUCGCAGCAAAAUCGUGAUGCAGGAAUCUGCACUCACUGUCCUUACACGAAAUAUGGCCAACAUGAAUUUGGCAGCAGAAAGAGCGGUUCAUCCAGAAGACGAUGUUGUGGAAGGCAAAGGCGAUGAUCAUGUGAGCUGCAAUGUCGAAUGUGCAGCGGGCCUUCCUUCAGACGUCCAUGUUGAUAAUGACUCGGACGACGCUCGGGAUGAGCUGCGAGGUGACCUACAAGAGGGCGCCCACGACAAUGAGCCCCAGCUGGCGGAUUUUAAGGACAUCCACAAUGUGUGGGUGUUGCCUGUGCAGCAACGAAGAGUUCUGCACGAUCACUGGAUCGAAUCGACGAAUCUGAAGAUCCAAAAGCAGAUCCAGGGACUAGCACAGCACUAUGAGGGAGUUUGCGAGAAGCUCUGCGAACUGAAAAUGGAAAUCAAGCUCAGCAUUCUCCGAAAAGCUAACGUCGUGGGCUUCACCACCACUGGUGCAGCAAGGGAUCGUGAUUUGCUGAAGUCUCUGAAUUCAGAGAUUGUUAUUGUAGAAGAAGCAGCAGAAGUAUUCGAGGCUGGAGUUCUGGCGUGCGUGACUUCUGCGGUGAAGCAUCUCGUGUUGAUCGGUGAUCAUAUGCAGCUACGUCCUUCGACUGCAGUCUACAAACUUUCGACGGAGAACCGCCUGGACCUUUCCAUGUUCGAGCGUCUAGUGCGAGGUGGAGUUGAACACGUGACGCUGCGAGAGCAAAGGAGAAUGAGACCAUCAUUUUCGAAGCUCGUGAAGAGUUUAUAUCCAACGCUCAAAGAUCACGAGUCUGUCUCGCAGUACGAGCAUGUCAGGGGGCUGGGCUCAGAUCUUUGGUUCUUCGAUCACACAGCCAAGGAACAGGAGCAGACGCUUACCUCUUCCAGGGUGAACGCAACGGAGGCAAGGCUGGUUGUCGAACUGACUAUCUAUCUAAUGAAACAGGAAUGCUACAGCGCCUCGGAGAUCACCAUUUUGAGUAUGUACGCAGCUCAAAUUUCGGAGAUCGACAAGCUCCUGAAAGAGAGGGUGGCCAAAAGGUUCUCUGUAAAGAAGAAGUCUAGGCCCAGAGGGAAGAUGAAAGAACAGGAGGACGGAAAGGCGGAUCGUAUACGCUCGACAGAUGGAGACGUUCUGAUUCCUCAAGUCAGAAGCGUCGACGGAUUCCAGGGAGAAGAGAGCGACAUAAUUAUCUUAUCUCUGGUGAGAAGCAACAACGUCCGAUCGGCAGAGGGAGAGGGAACCAUCGGGUUCCUAAGGACGUCCAAUCGAGUCUGCGUAGCGCUCACGAGGGCCCGAAAGGGAUUGUACAUAUUUGGCAACGCUGCGCUUCUCGCCGCAAGGAGCACCUUGUGGAGAGAGAUGAUCGACGGCAUGCGUGCGGAUGGCGUGCUGGGCUCCGAGCUGGAGCUCGUAUGCCAAAACCACCCGGACACGAAGACAGUCGUCGCCAAAAAGGCGGACUUCAAGCAGGUUCGCGACGGAGGCUGCUCGAGACCCUGCGCGACGCUGCUCGACUGCGCGCACCCGUGCCCGAGGCUUUGCCAUCCCGGCUCCCACGAGCACGUGAUCUGUCCGAGGCCGUGCCCGAUCGCCCGCGAGGCCUGCGACCACGACUGCGCGCUCCGAUGCCACCACGGCGACCCGUGCCCUCCCUGCCCGGUCACGGUCGUAAAGACCCUUCCGACCUGCGGCCACUCUCAACUAAUGCCGUGCCACCGAGACCCAACGGUCGAGAUCUGCCGGACGCCUUGCGCGAAGGUCUUGACGUGCGGCCACCAAUGCGAUUGCGGCAGUCCGUGCACCGUCGACUGCGCCGUUCCGGUCGAGAGGACCCUUCCUACCUGCGGCCACUCUCAACGAAUGCCGUGCCACCGAAACCCAACGGUCGAGAUCUGCCGGACGCCUUGCGCGAAGGUCUUGACGUGCGGCCACAAAUGCGACCUUGAGUGCGGCAGUCCGUGCACCGUCGACUGCGCCGUUCCCGUCGAGAGGACCCUUCCUACCUGCGGCCACUCUCAACGAAUGCCGUGCCACCGAGACCCAACGGUCGAGAUCUGCCGAAGGGAGUGCUCAAAGGUCUUGAGUCAAGACCGUCAAGACUCUUGA